AUGGGUUGCUGCACCUCUAAUACUAUUAAUCUACCAAUAAGUAAGAAUUCCAAGGGAAGAAAAUGUGCUAACUCUGUAGAUAUUAAUAAAGGAAAAUUCGUGAGAACCAUUAACAUUAACAUUAACUAAUAUUAUAGAGAGGCCCGUCGUAUUGACUAGGGUUUCCCCUGCCCUACCUUCGCCCUUCACGCUUCACUCGGUGCUCACCACCAAUCGAUCACGACCUUCAAAGUGUUGCUCCUACCAGACGGGGAUCUGCACUCACUACCCGUAGUUGGAUGAGUUACGCCACCCAGGAGUACGUCAACAGAGGUUGCCCACUCCGAAAAUUUGAAAAAACAAGUUUCUGGUAGGACUGUCGGCCAAAUGGAAAUCCAAAGCCUGGGACGUAACGCCCAGUUUCACGCUAGGGAGUUACCCGAUUGAUCAAGAGGUACCUUCCUGAUGCUGCUGAGCUUCCCCUUUCCAACCUUGGAAACCAUUUCCCCUGAGGCAAAAACCUUGGUGUCAGAAUGAGCUGCGGUCGGCCUAAUUCGACGUUGCGCUCUACUGUGCCAAAGAAAAACCUUGCCGGAUAUACACCUCGAGCGCCUAUUUCCCUUCCACACGGUCCCCAGCAAACGCCGGCUGCGGGUGCUGAGAAAAAGGGCUGGUUCGCCGUCGCCAUUUUAAUGUAUAAUUCGUGAGAACCACUAAAGGUUUAGUUAAAGAUCAUUUCGACAUUAUAAAGACGAUUGGAAGUGGAGGCUUUGGAACGGUUUUUAAAGCUAUCGAUAAGAGAACUGGCUUGGAUAGGGCGAUUAAAGAAAUUCCUAAACUUAAGGUUGACAUAGUAUCAGAAAAACAAAUGCUCCUGGAAGUUGAACUCUUGAAAGAAAUUGUAAGUAUUAUGCAGGACCAUCCAAAUAUUUUGAAAAUAUAUGAAGUAAUUGAAUCAAAUUUAUGCUAUUACAUUGUUUCAGAACUCUUAACAGGUGGAGAACUAUUCGAUAAGGUGCUAAAAGAAAUGAGAUUCAGUGAAAAUAUUGCUGCCAAAUAUACUCAUGAUAUUGUUACUGCUCUCAAUUAUUGUCACCAAAAGCACAUUGUUCACAGAGAUUUAAAGCCUGAAAAUCUUCUUUUUGCAAGUACAAGCCCUAAUGCUCCUUUAAAAGUCAUUGAUUUUAGUAUUUCUCAACGACUGGUUAUUAACUCCAAGCUUCCAUCUGUUAUAGGAACUCUUUGUUAUAUUGCACCUGAAGUGUUUUCAGGAGCCUACGACGAAAAGUGCGACAUAUGAAGUGCAGGUAUUAUUUUAUAUUUAAUGCUAUGUAAUUUUUACCUAGGUGGCCGCCCUCCUUUCAUAGGAACCACUGAGGCCGAAAUACUUACAAAGGCAAGAUCUGCCAAUCCAGAUAUGACAAAAGGCGUCUGAAGCAGCAUUUCUGAAGAUGCAAAAGACUUGAUUCACAAAAUGAUCUGUGUAAAUACGACUUUAAGGUUUAGUGCAAGAGACGUUUUAAAUCAUCGCUGGAUAAAGAGGCAUAUUAAUAAUGAAAUUGAUGAAAGUCCAAUUAACACUCAAGCAUUUGAGCAAUUAAGUAAAUUCAGAGUAAGAAUUUAUAAAGGCCCAGUCGAAAUUGGAAAAAUCAAUUUUAACUUUUAUUGCAUCACAGGUUGCAUCACCUUCAGAAGAAGCAGAUUUGAUACAUCUUUUUAAGCAGCUCGACAAAAAUGGAGAUGGAAGACUUAGCAUGACAGAGUUGUCUGAAGGCUCUGCAGCGCUUGGCUUAGGUUCACAGUUAGAUGUAGUUGAAAUUAUGAAAAAUUGUGAUACAGACGAAAAUGGAUAUUUAGAUUACACUGAGUUUUUAACUGCGACAACAGAAUGAAAUAAAGUUAUCCAGAAAGAGCAGCUUCAACAAGCGUUUAAAUUGUAUGAUAAAGGGGGUGAUGGGCAGCUGUCACUUACUCCCCUCUCGCUUUAAAUAAGAACACAAAGGGGGUUAAUUGAUUUUCAAAAAAAUCAUUAUUGAGAAAAAAAUUUAUUAAAUUUAGAAAAAAUUUUAUUAAAUUUGGGAAAAUUAAAAGAAAUUAUAAUAUUUUUGAAUUAUAAUUUAUUUUAUAAAGAAUUAUUUCAAAAAAAUAAUCAAUUCAGCGUGAAACUCAUUUUUCUAUUAAAUUAAGUCAAAAUUAAUUUUAUAAUAAUUAUAUUUUCACAUAUAAAACUUUCUCAUUGAACCAACUUAAAGGGGUUUAAAGUACUUAAAAAAUGAAUUUACUGAUUUUUUGCUAAAAUUUAAAGCGGGGGAAUUAGCGAACUGAAGGAGUGUAUUCCUGGAAUUGAAGAUUCUGAAUGAAAUAAGUUCUUAGAAGAAGCUGACACUGAUAGAAAUGGAGUAAUCAGUUUACUCCUCCGUCCUUAAUUGAAGAUUUCAAAAGAUCAAGUAUGAGACCUCCACCAUAAAUCUAUACUUUCUUUUUAUAAUGAAUAGUAGAGAUGCCACUGUAUAAUUACCCUUACGCAAAAUUUAAUACGAUUUCUAAUAUAUUUGCCUAUUGCUAGAGCUUAAAAUCUUUUAUAUGAGAAAAUUAUGCAUGCGAUAGUAUAAAAACAAAUUUAUAUUUAAGUUUUACCAUUAUUCAUGAUGAACUGCAGCAGCUAGGUGGUUAUCAAAGAUGAGGAGUGGAAUUAGAGGAAUUUAAACAAUAUCUCACGCUGAAGAUAUUACAAAUCUAA